GGCUUAGGCCUCCUUAUUCUCACUAACACAUUGUGUUACUAUUGUUUUAAUCUCAUUUCAAGUUUUGGUUCACUUUGAUCUUUUUCUAUCCUCUGUUCUGUUGUGAUUUGUUUCUUUCAUUUCACAUAGAGACAGUAACCUGUGAGAGCCACCAAAGAAGCUAAAUAGUAGAGCGACAACCAGCAGCCGGUGUCAUCACGCGACCCGCUAGGCUACUGCCUGUCAAAUCUCCAUUUCAGGGAGUCAGGAUGUUCCAGCCAUCCAGUCCAGCAGUCCACGGGGGCCACCUCUCGACAUGGUUGAAAGCAGUGACGACCCCCUUCCUGCCCAAGGACGCCAGUAACCUGCAGCACCCAGAGCAACUAGACACCGAGCUAGAUGAACUGAUGGCACACGAUCCAACCCAAAGCGACUACUACAAAGAACUCGCCAGGAUCCUCGGAAGCCUAGUUCACAUUCUCGUCGCCCAGGCACGGCUCAGCGAACGGAGCAACAUCGACCUUGGACAACAAGCAGCAACGCUUAAGUUUCAAGCGGAGGAGGCCUGGACGGACCAGGCCCGAACCCAGAGUCGCCUUGAUCAGCUCCUCCUCGAGACCCAAAACCAGCGCAAGAAAGAGGACGACACAGAUCCAGAGCUGCAGAAAGAAGUAGAAAGACUUCACAAUGCCCUGCAAGAUCUUCGCCUUGACACAGAUCAAAGAAAACAGCUGGAGAGAGAAGCCAGAAAAGAACUCAACAAAAAACUCCAGCAAAGUGACGCUCUCCUAAAAAGAGCAGACACUGAACUGAAAGAAAAAGACUAUAAAACCUGGGCCUGCAAAACACACUUGCAAGCGGCCCGAGCUAAAAUCAACGAGCUUACUCUGCAGAGAGACUUGACACUGUUCACACAGAACUGAAACAUUCUGACAGAUUACAGAGUGGCUGGAUCAGUGGAAACGCACACCACAGAGUUUCUCACGGCCCGCCACUCCAACCCUUUCAGCCAAGAACCCAGAGCUGAAAAAGGGGGUGUAAGCCCACGGCUCAAGAAAUCACCAGCCAGCUUACAAGAACACCUGUCAACAAUGGAGGGGGGAGAACCCUUCCAGAGAAAGCAUGCCACUAAACCCUGCACGGCUCACAGAGAACUUGACAAGCUA